AUGAACAAGAAGCUUCUUGCGGUUAAGAGCUCUGAUGAGCCUCUUACAGACAUUGAAUUGCACAAUCUCUCUCGCAACGAAACGAUAUCGCAAGAUGAACAUGAAAUGACAGUGCUAGGCCGCACGCAGGAGCUGAAUCGGAACUUCCGUUUUAUAUCAAUAUUGGGUUUCGCAUGCACAUUGAUGAGCACGUGGGAGAUUUCUCUUAUGACAAGCUUCUAUGGCAUUUUUAACGGAGGGCCUGCUGGUCUGGUGUGGGGCUACCUAAUAACGUGGCUCGGCUAUCUCUUGGUAUUCGCCUCAGUGGCGGAGAUGGCUUCUAUGUCUCCAACAUCAGGAGGCCAGUAUCAUUGGGUUGCUGAAUUUGCGCCUGCGCGGGCCCAGAAGCUUUUGAGCUAUACGGUCGGAUGGGUCGCAGUAUUGGGCUGGCAAGUUGGCCUCACAUCUUUGGCAUUCCUUGCGGGAACUAUGAUACAAGGCCUACUCGUCUUGAACUACCCCGAAUACGUCUUCGAACAAUGGCAUGGCACUCUGCUUGUCGUCGCUAUAACGGCAUUUUGCAUAAUAUUCAACACGGUCCUAGCAAAGCGGCUUCCAAUGGUUGAAGGCACAAUCCUCUGUAUCCACAUCUUGGGAUUUGCUGGCGUUCUAAUCCCACUCUGGGUCUUGGCACCACUAAACAACCCAGUUCAAGUCUUUACCGAGUUCUUAAACCUUGGUGGAUGGGAUUCAAACACUCUGAGCUUCUUCAUUGGUCUUCUCGCCCCAGUAUACACACUGAUCGGUGCUGACUCAGCGGUGCACAUGUCUGAAGAAGUCAAAGAUGCGUCGCUAGUACUCCCCAAGGCAAUAAUGUGGGCAGCAGGUGUGAACGGUAUGAUGGGCUUCAUCAUGAUUAUUACCUUCAGCUUCACCAUGGGCAGCGUCUACGACAUCAUCGGAUCUCCUACAGGAUAUCCCUUUAUACAGGUCUUCUACAAUACGACUCGAAGCUACUCUGGCGCUUCCAUCAUGACCGCAAUCCUGAUCAUCAACAUUACAUCCGCAUGCAUCUCUACCGUAGCCACGGUUUCGCGUCAGACCUGGGCUUUCGCCCGUGACAACGGCCUCCCUUUCUCGUCAUUCAUCGCUCAUGUCAAACCUGGCUGGAACAUACCUCUGAACUCUGUUCUGGUUACUUUCACAAUCACAGCAUUGCUCUCGCUCAUCAAUAUUGGCUCCGUAGUUGCUUUCAACGCUAUAGGAUCACUUGCGAUAAGCGCCUUGCUGAGUACUUACAUCAUCUCCUUCACUUGUCUGAUAAUACGUCGCUUCCAGGGGCCGAUGCCUCACCAUCGAUGGUCUCUUGGCUCUGCGGGGCUAUUCAUUAAUCUCGGUGCAACUCUGUUCCUGCUUGUGGUCUGGACCUUUAUCUUCUUCCCUAUUUCGCCGAAUGUUACGCCACAGACAAUGAACUGGAACUCAGUCAUCUUUGGCGGUACAACGAUCCUUGCUACGCUGUAUUAUGUCCUGCAUGGGCGCAAACAUUAUAGAUCUCCGAGGCACUUGAUCAAAAGGGAUACUAUUUAG